GCAUGCGUAGGAGUCUCCUCUUUGUCCGAGAAGCUGAAGCCUGAGAGUCGAAAACAGGAGGCCUCAGAAAAACCUCUGUGUAAAAGCCGCCAAUAUAAAACCGUUCUCUUUUCUCGAACUAAACUCUUAUAAUUCACCAGAAACAUGGAUAACCGCAACAAGGCAAAGAAACCUGGCGACGGACCUAAUGGAAACGCAGAAAGCGAGAGUAAAUAUCUGCCGGAGCUGCAGGCGGAGAAGGACAGUCUCGAUCAAUCUUUUACACACGCCAUGAAGCUGCUCACUGCAGAAAUUGAAAGGAUUCAGAAAGGUGAGGCAAAGAAAGAGGGCGAAACAUACCUGGACCUGUUCGUCGCCAAGAAUGUUCGAGUAAAGGAGCGUGUGCUUAUUCCAGUCAAACAGUACCCUCGGUUCAAUUUUGUUGGCAAGAUUCUCGGCCCCCAGGGCAGCACCAUCAAGAGGCUCCAGGAGGAAACAGGAGCCAAGAUCUCUGUGCUUGGCAAGGGAUCCAUGAGGGAUAAGAACAAGGAAGAAGAACUGAGGAAGGGUGGCGAGCCCAAGUAUGCCCAUCUGUCCAUGGAGCUGCAUGUGUACAUUGAAGUGUUCGCUCCGAUCCCUGAAUGCUACAUGCGCAUGGCUCACGCCAUGGACGAGAUCAAGAAGUUCUUGAUGCCUGUUGAAGGCAUGGAUCAGAUGCACCCAGAUGCCUUUAUGGAUCCUGCAUAUUUGAACGGCUCUCAGGACGCGUCUCGAGGCAGAGGUGCACCCGGAAGAGGUCGUGGUGGUCCCCCACCUCCCAUGCCUGGCAGAGGCCGAGGCAUGCUCCCACGUGGUGGUCCCCGUGGCGGUGUCCCCCGAGGAGGCCUAAACAGGGGUGCAGCUAGAGGAGGACGAGGUGCUGGCUCUACUCGCGGAGGUGCAGCCGGGCGCUCGCGGCCCCCUACGUCGGCCCAGAGGAUGACCCCUGCACCCGCCCUCUCUCAUCAGCAAGCACCGGAGGGAUAUGAUGAAUAUUCCUAUGACGAGUCCUACGCUGAACCUGGAUAUGAAGGAUACGAGAGCUAUUACAGCCAGUCAGCACCACAGGCAGAAACUGAGUAUUAUGACUACGGGCACGGAGAGGCUCAAGAGGGUUAUCAGUCUUAUGCUGAGGACGAUUGGGAGGGUGCUGCAUGGGGUGGCAACGCUGGAAAAGCUCCUCCGGCACACCAGAACAAAGGGAACUUCCGUGAGCACCCAUACAGAAGAUUCUGAGUGCCACUUGGGUUGUCUGGGCAACCGUCCCGCUGUAACUCCUUUUAACAGCUCAAAAGUAAUUUUUAGAUUUGUUUUUUUCCACCUGAGACUUUUUGUGACUCUUUUCAGUUGUAUUUUUAUGUUCACCUGCUUUUUAAUGUAUAAAACCAAUGUUACUCUGAUCCUUUUUGUAGUUGCAUUAAGAAACAUGCUCACUUUUAGUUUUUUGCUCUGCUCCUCUUUUCAUUGUCUGCUUGCGCAUUGUUGAUCUAGCUUAUUAGUUUAAAGGGUGACUUCUGGUUUCUGAUUAGGUUUUGGAUAGUCUACAAACAAGUGGUCUAAUUUGCUUCAGAAACGAUGCUUGCUUCUGUCAGGGGGGAAACGGUCAAAAACCAAUGGACUCUCAAUAAGACUUCGGAAGGACUUAAACAGUUUAGGCCGUUGUACUAACCAACACUAAACAUUCCAACCUUAACUUAAUACUGUCAAACUGAAACUAUACAGCAAAGUUCCCCAAAUCCAGGAAACCUGAAUUAAAAAAAUAAAAUCAUCAAUUUAAGACCGUGUUUUUGUGCAUGAAAAAUGAACGUUGGUAAAAACUUCUCGUUUUGGAAAAUGUGACCAGCCUAAAACUGUGUAUAUAGGUUCUUUAGACCAAUCUUGCUGUUUAUAGCUUUGUAUUCCACAAAAAAAUGAUGCACCCUUGUGUUCAUUGCCUAAAUAGGAAACUAAAUGUCUUUCUGUAGUAUGUCAAUAAAGCGCAGUCUUGUUUUCCAGCUAAAA